CCUGCGCUCAAAAUUUUCUCCCAGGCCCUAGAUAUUAUAAUCCGUUAUCUACAACGCGUUCGUGUCGGAGGUCUGAUUUGCUUUGCUGGCAGCAGUUUCGAGCUCUCUUCUUGUAGUGUUCGGUAGUGAACCGAUCUUCAACAUGGCUCAGUCACAAGCUCAAUGGAUGCCAGCUCCCGAGGCACCAGCCAACUGUCCUCCAGGUCUCGAAUACUUGAUGCAAAUCGAUCAGCUUCUUGUUCAUCAGAAAAUCGAGCUUCUUGAAAUCUUGACUGGUUGGGAGCAGGCAAACAAAUACGUGGUGAAGAACACCCUUGGUCAGCAAGUGUACUUCGCUGCAGAGGUGUCCGAGUGCUGCCAGCGCCAGUGCUGUGGCCCUAACCGAGAAUUCAAAAUGAGCAUCAUCGACAACGCUGGCAAAGAGGUGAUGUGCAUGCAGCGACCUCUUCGCUGCAGCCAUAGUUGCUGUUGCGCCGGCUGGCGUCCGUACAUGGAGGUGGAGGCCCCCCCAGGCAACAUCAUCGGCUACAUAUCGACCGAGGCUUGUGCCUGCCUGCACCCGACUUUCAUGAUCCAGGACGCGAGCCAGCAGAACGUCCUGCGUAUUCACACGCCAAUUUGCGGCAUCGGAUGCUGCGAAUGCUCGCCCAAGUACCCAGUGAGAUCUCUCGACGGUCAGGACGUUGGCCUCAUCCAGAAGCAGUGGUCCGGUCUUGCGAAAGAAAUGUUCACGGACGCUGACAACUUCGGCAUCAGCUUCCCAAUGGAUCUGGACGUGAAAAUGAAGGGUGUCAUGCUUGGAGCGCUGUUCCUGAUUGAUUUCAUGUUCUUUGAGAAGAGCCAGAACAACAACUAGAGCCGAGGCGAGGAGGACGAUCACACGCUCAAGUGGUGUGCGCUCUCAUCGUGUACGCUACACUGCACUGCUCAGCCAGACUUGUACAGGGAGCCUUUCUGCUCUGUCCUGGCUGGCCCCAGGUUGUCGCCGCCUGGUUCCAGGUAAUUGCCCCGUGUAAUUAUGGUCAGUUUUAUGGUCAGUUUCUCUUCUCGAUGUGGUGAUGUGCGUGCUGGCUUCUGUACAUCUAUGUAACUAGUUACUUCUCCUUUCUGUCUUGGCUGCUACCCUUGCUAGUUUGCUUUUCAAUUUGCUUAUCCUUUUCUCUGGUUCCCGUCUUGACGUUUUUCAGUGUCCCUUUUGAUGGUGCUAUUCCUUCUGCGCUGUUCACUUGUUUUGGUUGUGUGUAGCGUAUUUUCCUUACUCCAGAGUACUAUCGUGCAACUUUAUUAGCUGGUUGACACACAUUGUGAUACCAUUACAAUGCAGUCGCGUUCCUGUGACAACUUUAACAAUUAUGCAAUUUGCCGUUUGAUUGCAGAAUUUAUGGUUGGUCCACGUGGUUGCGACAUACCUUGCAGCAAGUUGCUACGGCUUCUUUAUUUUUCGUAUGUCAGAUACGAGAUAUUUUUAGAUUGUCUUUUCCCGUGCACCUGUGUGUAUGAGUGCAAUUCUUAGA